CAGGCAAAUCUUAUUGAAAAGGAAUGGAAAAGUCAGCUGACCAAAGCAGCAACAAAGUAUACGAAAUGACUCCUAAAAACAUCGACGAUCCCGUGGACGCCAACUCCGCUUCAAAAGCAGACGAAUCUGAUCUGCAAGAGGUUGAGGAUGUGAACGAGAGCCUCGACGAACUAACUCGUGCACUCGAUUUUUUUGAACAGCGCACCGACGAUAUUAUUGCACAGCUAAGAGUGCUGCUAGACUCUAAUCGUGAGAUACGUCAACAAAUAGCACAGGACAAGGAAAAAGAAACAAUUGCGGCUUUGGCAGCUACAAAUAUCAGUAGCAAAACAGAAAACGACGAUGCUGAUGAAAAUACCAAUGUCGGAGAUUAAGAUGCGCUAAAUGGGCCCAUCGCAAUGGAAGGUGCACACAAAAGUAUUAGAGGCCGUGAAAUUGUCGUUUACAUUUGCUUGCUUUUGUUUUAUAUAUCUUAAAUUUAUUCGUGUUGACAACAAUUAUAAGAGUAGUACAAACUAA